AUGGCUACACUGACAAAGAUAAAGACUAGACGUAGUUCCAGUCGACUGGGCGAAACUUGUGAUUCUUUCAAAAUAAACACCACUUCGUAUAACCUACAGGAAGACAGCGAUGGUUUGCAGAGUGCAGUGCAACAAAACAGCAGCACUGCCACCAAUGCAGUUGAGGCAGCUCAAGAUCAAGCGUACCAUGGAUCACUCUGGGCCAAAGUUGAAAGAAAUCAGAUACCAUUAUCAAGAAACUUGAUGAUUUUACUAUACACUUUGAACAUGUUGAGUUCCAAUGCCAACAUAAUCAAUUUUACAAGCAAGUUUUUACAUUUACAAAAUCAAGUUGGAUAUAAUCUGCAAGGUAAACCAAUUUAUGAUAUUCACAUUGAUGACAUUUACUUUGUCAUCAAUUGGGUUAUUACCGUCACUUUUCUUCGAUCUUUCUUGAUGAAGUAUUGUUUUGGCCCAUUUGCUGCUAAAUUUUGCAGCAUUCAUUCACGUAAAGCCAAGAUAAGAUUUGCUGAACAAAGUUGGUCUUUUGUUUACUAUAGUAUUUCAUUCAUGUAUGGGGUAUACUUGUAUUUGGAUGCUCCAUACUAUAACAAUUUAGAUCAGAUAUACAUAAAUUGGCCUAAUUUUGUCAUGGAUGCUAGAUUUAAAAGUUAUUAUUUGAUUUCAAUGGCGUUCUGGUUACAACAGAUAUUUGUGUUACACGUGGAAAAACCCAGGAAAGAUCAUUAUCAAAUGUUUAGUCAUCAUAUUAUUACUUGUUGCUUGAUUAUUGGUUCAUACUAUUACUAUUAUUUUAGAAUUGGUCAUUUGAUUUUGAUGAUCAUGGAUUCUGUUGAUAUCUUUUUAGCAGCGGCCAAGAUGUUGAAAUACGCUGGUAGGUUGGUUGCUUGUGAUGCCAUGUUUGUAUUAUUUUUGGUUAGUUGGAUUGCAUUACGACAUGGGGUAUACAACUACAUCUUUUAUCACGCUUGGCAUAAGUCUGUCCAUUUGAUGCAAGAUGGCGAAUGCAUGGUUGGAUCCGUGCAAAAAAGAUGCUGGACACCAACUGUAAUCAAUACAUUUAUGGGGUUGCUAGGUGGUUUACAAAUAAUUACAUGUAUUUGGAUGUAUUUGAUUUCUAAAGUUGCUUACAAAGUUGUCAUUGGAGUUGGUGCCGAAGAUGUCAGAAGUGAUGAAGAUGAUACUGAUUUUGAAAAAGAAGGUGAAGAGGACAAGACUGGAGUGUUUGAAGAAAACGAGGGGGAACUUUAUGGAGAUGCAUAUGGUGAUUACGAAGACGAAGAAGACGAAAAGGAAAUCGAGCUGGACAUCAAUGACACGACUGAUAUUGUUAUAGAUGUUGAAAGUGAAGUUAGCGUAUAUGAAAUGGAAGAAAAAGAGGAUGUAAGCUAG